AUGGCAAAGAGACGUCAAAGAAUGCGCUUUACAAGAAAGAGAAGAGGGAAGAAGGUGAAGUUAAACAAAGCCAAAAUGGCACGAGAAAUUAACUGGAAAGAUUUAGCCGAAGAUGAAUACAAAAGUAAAUCCAUCUACAUCGUGUAUGACCAACCAUUUGAUGAGAAAACAGAAGAAAGAAACAGUAGAGCAGAGGAAUCAUUGCCACAAAAUUUACAUUUUAAUAAAACUGAUGACCAAUCCGAGAUUAUCGGUGUAUACAGCAACGAUUUUAUUCCACAAGGAACAAGGUUUGGGCCUUUAAUUGGAAAGAAAUACAAUAAAGAUGAAGUUAAAAAUGGUGCUAAUAGAAAAUACUUCUGGAGAAUUUACAAAGACAAAGAGUUUGAGUUCUACAUCGAUGGUUUAGAUGUGAACGAAAGUAACUGGAUGAGAUACGUGAAUCCGGCACACACCUCGGAUCAACAGAAUCUAGUCGCUUGUCAGAAUGGAAUGGAAGUCUAUUUUUACACUAUUAAACCCAUAGAGAAGAACGCUGAACUGCUGGUGUGGUAUUGUAAAGAAUUUGCUGAGCGGCUCAACUACCCACCAACUGGGGAACUUAUGAUGCAAAAAAUACAGCAAGCCAUGGUAAGGAAAAGCUACAUCCAAGAAGAGGUUGCAAUCUCCAUGGAAACAGACUCAUUGGAUGAAAAAGAUGACGAAUCCCAAGUGAUGGAUCUCAGCCACAAGACAUCAUCAUCAUCCCCUGCAUCAGAAAACAACACAGACACUGCCUCUCUCAGUAAAUACCAAAGCAAUGGGCCAAACACAGUGUUUGUGUACAACAAGUCACAAGCAAAAGGAGAUCGCCCACUGAACAAGUCAGAAACGUUAUCGUUCUCAUCAUCACCGCAGUUAAUGACAACCAGUGAAGGCUUAUCAGUGUACAACCCAUUCUUGGGAAUGCAAUCUUCUGAUAAGCCAGUCAUGUCAAGUUUCCUCCAAACAUCAUUACAGUCUAACCUCAUGAAUUCACUGGAUCCAAUCUUCAGUAGCAGAAACUUCCCGUUUGAUGGCAUUCUUAAGCAUCCAAGCUAUUUCAGUCAAAGUGCCAAUACCGGUUUGAAUCUUAGUACAGAGCCCAUGAGACCAUUCAACCAUCUUCAACACCCUAAAAAGAAACAGAAGACUCAGCACAAUUCUGCAACAUCAAAUUUUGAUCAUCAACCUUCGAUACCGUCGCUAGUGUCGUUAGCAUCCAUGUCCAAUAACAUGCAAGCACAUUCUCACACUGCUUAUUCACCACCGAUUCCGCGUCCUGGAGAAAAUGCUCUCAAUCUAUCAAAGCGGAAGAAGGCAAAUAAUCCUAACUAUGGCCAUAAGUCGUUACCGUACCAACUAGAGAAGAAAAAUGGAAAGAUCCACUAUGAAUGUAACGUAUGCAACAAAGUUUUUGGUCAGCUGUCUAACCUUAAGGUACAUCUGCGAGUGCACAGCGGAGAGCGACCUUUCAAAUGCGAGACAUGUGGAAAAGGCUUCACGCAGUUAGCUCAUUUACAGAAACAUUAUCUUGUGCAUACAGGGGAGAAACCUCACAAAUGUGAAUCAUGUGGUAAAUGUUUUAGCAGUACCAGUAAUCUUAAGACUCAUAUGCGUCUCCAUAGUGGCGAGAAACCUUAUCAAUGUAAAGAAUGUAGCGCCAGGUUCACGCAGUAUGUUCAUCUUAGGUUACAUCGACGUCUUCAUUCUCGCGAAGGUGACGACCCAAUCUCAUCGGAAGAAAUCAAAAAG